GCGUGAGAGAGAGAGAGAGAGAGAGAGAGAGCAUCGCAGUCCCAGUCUUCCUCAUCUCGUUCACGUCAGAGGCAGGAACCGACUGUGCUAAUGCUGUUGGCUCAACGCGCAGAGACAGAGUCGGGAGCAGCCUCAGAGAAAGACAGGGAAACAAGAAGAGGGGUCAUCCCUGACCCAAGGAAUUACUACUAGUGGAGUAAAGCCACCUGACUUUUGGGGGAAAAAAUCUUAUUUGAAGAUUAUUGCCUCUUCUCUCACCUUCCCUAGUAGCUUGGGUUUUGUAUCUUUCGGGAAGCUUCCUCUCAAAAAAGGAGGAAGAGAAGAGAGGGAGAGAGGUGGGCGCUCUAGGUGGGCGCAUCAUCUGGCUCCAGCCCGAACAGACAAGAAUUCUCUACCCGGGAAGCUUCUCGUGCUCAAGCCGGCCGCCCACCCCCAGCCUGGGUAUCUGUGACAUCUCACUGCACAGAGGACAGACCUGCUCUGGAGGUGGGAUUAAAGACUGAACAGUCAAGAGAAAACAGCAGAGACGCCAUCACGAAGAUUCCAACAACUCCAUGCUGGGUGCUGCAGGCUGCUCCUAAACCAAGCUCUAGCUGAGAUGAUGGGGGCUGACGGGGAGACAGUUGUGCUGAAAAACAUGCUCAUUGGUGUCAACCUGAUCCUGCUCGGCUCCAUGCUCAAGCCCUCAGAGUGUCAGCUGGAGGUAACCACAGAAAGGGUUCAGAGGCAAGCUGUGGAGGAGGAAGGAGGGGUGUCCAGCUAUAACACAUCCAGUAAGGAGAAGCCCGUGGUCUUCAACCAUGUGUACAACAUCAACGUGCCCCUGGAGACCCUCUGUUCCUCGGGGCUGGAGGCCUCAGCCGAGCAGGAGGUGAGUGCUGAAGAUGGCACUCUGACAGAAUACACAGGCCAAACCUCAGACCACGAGAGCCAGGUCACCUUCACCCACAAGAUCAACCUCCCCAAAAAGGCUUGCCCAUGUGCCAGCUCUGGACAGGUGCUGCAGGAGCUGCUGAGCCGGAUUGAGAUGCUGGAGAGGGAGGUGUCACUGCUGCGGGACCAGUGCAGCACCAACUGCUGCCAGGAAAGCGCUGCCACAGGUCAACUGGACUAUACCCCUCACUGCAGCGGCCAUGGCAACUUUAGCUUCGAGUCCUGUGGCUGUAUCUGCAACGAAGGUUGGUUUGGCAAGAACUGCUCAGAGCCCUACUGCCCACUGGGCUGCUCCAGUCGGGGGGUGUGCGUCGAUGGCCAGUGCAUCUGUGACAGUGAAUACAGCGGGGAGGACUGCUCCGAGCUCCGGUGCCCCACAGACUGCAGUUCCAGGGGACUCUGUGUGGAUGGGGAGUGUGUCUGUGAAGAGCCCUACACGGGCGAGGACUGCAGGGAGCUGAGGUGCCCCGAGGACUGUUCUGGGAAGGGGAGAUGUGUCAAUGGUACCUGUCUGUGCCAGGAAGGCUAUGCUGGCGAGGACUGCAGCCAGCGGCGGUGUCUGAACGCCUGCAGUGGGCGAGGACACUGCCAGGAGGGGCUCUGCAUCUGUGAAGAGGGCUACCAGGGCCCUGACUGCUCAGCAGUGGCCCCUCCAGAGGACUUGCGAGUGGCUGGUAUCAGCGACAGGUCCGUUGAACUGGAAUGGGACGGGCCGAUGGCAGUGACGGAAUAUGUGAUCUCUUACCAGCCGAUGGCCCUGGGGGGCCUCCAGCUCCAGCAGCGGGUGCCUGGAGAUUGGAGUGGUGUCACCAUCACGGAGCUGGAGCCAGGUCUCACCUACAACAUCAGCGUCUACGCUGUCAUUAGCAACAUCCUCAGCCUUCCCAUCACUGCCAAGGUGGCCACUCAUCUCUCCACUCCUCAAGGGCUACAGUUCAAGACGAUCACAGAGACCACUGUGGAGGUGCAAUGGGAGCCCUUCUCAUUCUCCUUUGAUGGGUGGGAGAUCAGCUUCAUCCCAAAGAACAAUGAAGGAGGUGUGAUUGCUCAGCUCCCCAGCGAUGUGACUUCCUUUAACCAGACAGGACUGAAGCCUGGGGAGGAGUACAUUGUAAAUGUGGUAGCACUGAAGGAGCAAGCCCGGAGCCCUCCUACCUCGGCCAGCGUCUCCACUGUCAUUGAUGGACCCACGCAGAUCCUGGUUCGAGAUGUCUCUGACACUGUGGCCUUUGUGGAAUGGACCCCACCUCGAGCCAGAGUCGACUUCAUUCUCUUAAAAUAUGGCUUGGUGGGUGGUGAAGGUGGGAAGACUACCUUCAGGCUGCAACCUCCCCUGAGCCAGUACUCAGUGCAGGCCCUGAGGCCCGGGUCCCACUAUGAAGUGUCGGUCAGCGCCGUUAGAGGGACCAACGAGAGCGAUUCCACGAGUACCCAAUUUACAACAGAGAUUGAUGCCCCCAAGAAUUUGCGGGUCGGUUCCCGCACAGCAACGAGCCUUGACCUUGAGUGGGAUAACAGUGAGGCAGAAGUUCAGGAGUACAAGGUGGUGUAUAGUACUCUGGCGGGUGAGCAAUACCACGAGGUGCUGGUCCCCAAGGGCAUCGGGCCAACCACCAGGACCACCCUCACAGAUCUGGUACCAGGCACAGAAUAUGGAGUUGGAAUAUCUGCCGUCAUGAACUCACAACAGAGUGUGCCAGCCACCAUGAAUGCCAGGACUGAACUUGACAGUCCUCGAGAUCUCAUGGUGACAGCCUCUUCAGAGACCUCCAUCUCCCUCAUCUGGACCAAGGCCAAUGGCCCCAUUGACCACUACAGAAUUACUUUUACCCCAUCAUCUGGGAUUGCCUCGGAAAUUACUGUGCCUAAUGACAGGACUUCAUAUACACUGACAGAUCUAGAGCCUGGAGCAGAAUACAUCAUUUCCAUCACUGCUGAGAGGGGUCGGCAGCAGAGCUUGGAGUCCACAGUAGAUGCCUUCACAGGCUUCCGUCCUAUUUCCCAUUUGCACUUUUCUCAUGUGACCUCCUCCAGUGUCAACAUCACCUGGAGUGACCCAUCUCCCCCAGCAGACAGACUCAUUCUGAACUAUAGCCCUCGGGAUGAAGAGGAAGAGAUAAUCGAGGUCUCCUUGGAUGCCACCAAGAGGCAUGCUGUCCUGAUGGGUCUCCAGCCAGCCACUGAGUACAUUGUGAACCUGGUAGCCGUCCAUGGCACAGUAACCUCUGAACCCAUCGUGGGCUCCAUCACCACAGGAAUUGAUCCCCCCAAAGACAUCACAAUUAGCAAUGUGACUAAGGACUCAGUGACAGUCUCCUGGAGCUCACCUGUGGCAUCUUUUGAUUAUUACCGAGUAUCAUAUCGACCCACCCAAGUGGGACGGCUGGAUAGCUCUGUGGUGCCCAACACUGUGACUGAAUUCACCAUCAGCAGGCUCUACCCAGCUACUGAAUAUGAAAUCAGCCUCAACAGUGUGCGGGGCAGGGAGGAAAGUGAGCGCAUCUGUACACUCGUGCACACAGCCAUGGAUAACCCUGUGGAUCUGACUGCUACCAACAUUACCCCAACUGAAGCCCUACUGCAGUGGAAAGCACCCAUGGGUGAAGUGGAAAACUACGUCAUUGUUCUCACACAUUUUGCAGCUGCUGGAGAAACCAUCCUGGUUGAUGGAGUCAGUGAGGAAUUCCAGCUUGUUGACCUACUUCCUAGUACCCUCUAUACUGUCACCAUGUACGCAGCCAGUGGACCUCUCACAAGUGGAACCAUCACCACCAACUUCUCUACCCUCCUGGACCCUCCUGCCAACCUGACAGCCAGUGAAGUUACCAGACAGAGUGCUCUCAUCUCCUGGCAGCCUCCCAGGGCAGAGAUUGAAAACUACAUCUUGACAUACAAAUCCAUGGAUGGAAGCCGCAAAGAGCUGAUUGUGGAUGCAGAGGACACCUGGAUCCGCUUGGAGGGCCUGUCGGAAAACACGGACUACACAGUGCUCCUGCAGGCUGCUCGGGAUGCCUCGCGGAGCAGCCUCACCUCCGCAGCCUUCACCACAGGGGGCAGGAUGUUCUCUCAUCCUCAAGACUGUGCUCAGCAUUUGAUGAAUGGAGACACUCUGAGUGGGGUUUACACCAUCUUCCUCAAUGGGGAGCUAAGUCAGAAGUUGCAAGUGUAUUGUGACAUGACCACAGAUGGUGGUGGCUGGAUUGUGUUCCAGAGGCGGCAAAAUGGCCAAACUGAUUUUUUCCGGAAAUGGGCUGAUUAUCGUGUUGGCUUUGGGAACCUGGAGGAUGAGUUUUGGCUAGGGCUGGACAACAUACACAGGAUAACAUCCCAGGGCCGCUAUGAGCUGCGGGUGGAUAUGCGGGACGGUCAGGAAGCAGCCUUUGCCUACUAUGACAAGUUCUUGGUGGAGGACAGCCGAAGCCUGUACAAACUCCGCAUAGGGGGCUAUAAUGGCACUGCAGGAGACUCUCUUACCUAUCACCAGGGACGCCCUUUCUCCACUGAGGAUAGAGACAAUGAUGUUGCAGUCACCAACUGUGCCAUGUCAUACAAGGGUGCUUGGUGGUAUAAGAACUGCCACCGGACCAACCUCAAUGGGAAGUAUGGGGAGUCCAGGCACAGUCAGGGGAUCAACUGGUACCACUGGAAAGGCCAUGAGUUCUCCAUACCCUUUGUGGAAAUGAAGGCUAGGCCCUACAACCACCGUCUCACUGCUGGGAGGAAGCGGCGGGCCUUGACAUGCUGAGCAGUGGGCAGCCACCAGCCGAACAAUCUUUUCUGUCAUUUGUUUGUAUUUUAUAUGAUGAGACAAGGGGGGAGGGCAACAGCAAUGUGCUUUGCAACACAGAGUACCUGAAGGAAGCAGGGAUCAGUUAAUUACCAUCUGUGCAUAGUUUCUGCUGCCUUGGAGCCUAACCCUUGGGGUACAUGCUCCUUCCUAAAUAGUCAUCCCCAACUGUCCCCUCCUUUCCCAUGAAGGAGGCAAACUGAGGAGAGUUUAAGAGACCAGUUCAAAGACAAGCCAUGGAGCAGAUUGUUAUGACCACAGGCACACACCUUCUUUCUCUACCUCCCCCCCACACCUUCUGAGAUACCCUUCAGCUUCCUGGCACUAGUGAGCUGGUCAUGGCUGGUGAUGGCCAGGGAAAGAAGUUUCACCAAGAGAGCUUUGCCAACACUUCCCCUUAAGAGGGAAACAAUAAACCACACCCUUACCCAACUGCUCAAGUUUACUGAAAUGGGACGAAGAUUAUGUUCUGAUAUUCUUAACCAUCAAGAGGAUCCCUCACUUCCAACCACAGUCCCAACAGCCCAUACUUCAUUGUGAAUUCUAGUUACCAGAGCACUACUGGCUACUGGCCCUGUGUCCUGUGGGUUUUAAGACAUUGUCCCCACUCUCAAGUCAAUGAGUGAGUUUUGUUCAUAGUGAGACAGGGAGAAUGUUUUUGUUUUCAACUGUUUGGGGUUAGUCAUUGAAGAAAGGACAAGAUCAAAAAUAUGUGCACCAACGAUAGAGGCUAUAGAUCUCACUGGAAACAGAUCUUGCCUGGCCUUACUUUCUCCACUUCUGAUCUGAUUUAUCAUGGCUCUUCGGAAUUCAAAGCUGAAGACCAUAUUUCUGUUCCCAUCCAGGCUCUCCUUGGUGUAGAUGGCUUACUAAGAGUCAGGAAAAGUUGAAUGAUAUCAGCCAGCCAAUCAUUUCCCUGACUGGUAGUGCUGGUAGAAAAGGAAAUGGAUCAUUUCUUUCAGUUUGGUUGUGGUUUUGUAUCUGUUUCUGGCCUUAUGGCAAACAGAAGUAACUCCACAAUGAGGUGAAACUGUGAGAAAGCCUUCUCCCUUUCUCGUGUUCUUUUAUUGUUAUGCUUUUGGGAAGAAAAGUGAAUAGUGCCACAGGAAAUUACAUCUAGAAGUCCAGAGGGGGAAAGGGAGGGCUGCCUCCCCUGAGACUAGAUACACCCUCUCCACCAAGCCAGGAGAGCUGGAGGUUCUCGAAGCUGUGGCCUUUCAGCUGCUCCAAAUCAGAUGCCUGCUGAGCCUUCCCUGCAGCAUCUACCUGGGUUGAACCCACCUCACCAACUGCCUUCUCCCUGCCCUCUUCCUCCUCCUCCCCUGAGGCCCUGUUCUCUCUGCUAUGGGGCCCAUGUUUCCCAACCUGGGGCAUCUUUUACCUUUGCCAACCAGUUACUAAACAAGCUGGUAAUUUCUAAUAGAGACAACCAUGCCCUGACCAAACUUUGCUAACCAGGGGAACAGCCCCCUUGAGCUGAUGGCCCACUUACGUAUUAUGAGGUUUGAGUCAGCUUGCCAUUUUACGUAGGCAUUCUACCUUUGGAGGUGCCACAAGGCCUUCCCCAGCUCUGUGGUGCAGACAUGCCUGACAAACCUAGAGUCAAAAAAAAAAAAAAAAAAAAAAACCCACAGGUGUCAUUUUCAUUUCUCAAUUCAACAUGAACUUCAAAACUCUAGGAGAAGGAGGAAGGAAAAGAACUUAUAAACUAAACAAGGCUGUACUAGAAACAGGCCAACCAUGAAAAGCAGGAGGCACAUUGCAUGAGGAACUUGAGAGAUAUGGUACAGGCUACCUCUGCUGCCUUGCUAAGAUAAGUUAUUUCACUUUUCUGACCCUGUUUCUUUCUUGUUGACUGAGAAAUUCGACCAGAAUCAUUUCUAGCAUCCCUUCAGUAUUAACAGUCAACAGUACUAACGUAUGGUAUGAAAAUUUGAAUCAGAGGUGGCACAAUUAAGUAAGGUAAAUUUAUCAGAAGCUGGAGAGAGGGAGCAAGGAAGAAAAAAAGGAGGAUAAUUCUAACUUGAAUGUCUCCUCCCCCCUUUCACACACACACACACACACACUUGUACACAUACAUGCACAGGAGAAAAAAUAGUGUCACCAAGAGGCUGAAGCUAUUAUGUUUAUGAAAGCAGAGCCGGAGACCUGGGUGUGCCAGUACCGCCCACCUCAUCAAGGGAACUGAAAUGGAACAAGACUGUGUGUCAUUAGUUCAGGGAGAAGUCAAGACACAGUAGUGGAAGCCAAAACCCUCCUUUCAUUGGAACCACUCUACCCUACGGAGCAGCUUCAUAAAUAGUAUCGCCAACAUUUCCUAGAUUCAUUUGAAAAAAUUUUAAAAGCAAAAAAGGGACUUCAAACAUCAGCUUAUCCACUUGCUAUAAAAAGGACUCAUAGAUUCCUUCUGUUCAGUAGCGUGAUCUCCACCUUGUCAGAGACUCUGUGUCUACUGUCUUACCAAGGCCCAUAGCCAACUUGACACAGAGCUUCUAGACUUGACUGGCUUUUUCACUGAGCUGAAAGAAGAAACUGCUUCUGAGCUUCUUAACUGAUUCCUUUCUCUCUGGUCCCUCCAUGUACCUGGGUUUGUCUCUGAGCAAGCAGGAAGCAAUAUUCAGAGUGCAUCCUGAGUUUCCCCUAAAGGACUUGGAAUACAAGUGGAUCCUGACCAGACGGUAGUCAAACUGCAAACACAUUAUGAAUAUAUACUAACACCAAAAACCAAGCAACAAUGGAAAACAAGCAAUAGUUACCAGUGACUGCAAUAGGUUCACUGCCUAAAACUGAGAAACGGGCAGUUUCUCCUCUUCAUAUGUCCCAUUAUAGAAAGAUUGUUUGCAAUAUAUUGAAAUCACAUUUUCAGGGUUUUCAGGGUUCUGAAAGACUAGAAGGUGAAGGAAUCAGCUAUAAGAAGACAGGGUAUCAGGAAUGACAAACUCAUGGAGAGCACUGGUCUUCAGACCAGACUUAACAUGUACAGAUGUGUAAUUGUGACCAUAAGGUGACACGCACAGAUACCCACUGAAACCCACUGGGACAUCAUGGUAUCUGGAAACCUUAUACCAAACCAGGAUCCAGUUCCAUUUUGUUCAGGAGACUGAUUUGCGGCAGGAGAGAAAAAUAAGCAAACAAACAAACAAAAAAAAAAAGUAUGGCAUCAGAGACUUGCAGAGCAAAUUUCCACACAUAUUUCAAUUCCCCCCUUCCCUUUACCUACCACCUCCCCAUUUCCAUGACUCAUAAAGAGAUGGGAACCCUCACAGCCUGUUUCCUUCCACCUGGGAAACAACCAGCACCCGAGAAAUGGACACCCUUACUUCAAAGGCAAACUUGAUGAUCCAAGGUCACCCUGCCAAUGAGCACAAUGCCAAAGAGAGCUCAAUGCUAAAUCCAACAAUUCUUACACAUGGCCUCAUUGAAAACCUAGUCCCAGUAAAGAGUGAUAGAUUUAGGGACAACGGUCAUUAGGGACUCCUCUUCAAAGAGCUCGUUUUAGAGCAUUAGUGGAGAAAGGUUUGAUGAGGUCCUCUUUGUCCUUUUCUCUGGAGAAAGAAAAAUGGAACCCGUGAGAACUGUGUAUUACCAAGCCAAGGGAAUUUUAAAGAGAGUAGCUCAUGACCAGAUUUAGGAAUGCUCCUGGGGUGUGGGCUCUUUGAUCUUUCUUCCUUCAUCAGAAUUUCAGGAAAGAUAGAGACAGGACACAUGCUUUUCCAUGGCUUGCUUUCUUGUGGACACACUGCUAUUCACUCUAUUCCUUGGUUUCUUUUGACAGUUUGUCAUUUUCCAUCUUAGUUUGCAUCACACUGCCCACUCAGAAAACUUUGUUAAGGAAACAAUGAAAGAUUGAAAGAUAGUGCAGUUUUGAUGAUCCUAUAAGAGAUGGGAUAAUAUUUCACUUGCCAAAAAACUUGCCAAGGCUAUAAAAAGUGGUGUGGGGAAACCUCAAAAGCCUGGAGUGUGUCUGUGAGUCCUGGCUCCCGGACCAUGCCUAUAGCCACUCUUUACUGUACAUUGGGGACUUUUGAUCACAUUCCUGAAGUUCUUUGGCUAACCCAAAUCUUAGCUUCUUCCAUAACCUAGCCCUCACAUGUAUAAUGUUUCCCCUAAUAAUGAUAAGAAUUUUGACAACCCAGAGAACUCAGACGAAAUGAAAAUUUUUUGAAAAUCAAGUAGAGAAAGCAACUGGAGUGUGACUUAAGAGAAGGUGUUGGUGUAGACUCUGGUCCAUUUGGACAAAUAGCUCUGGUCAUUCUGAUAGUAGAUUUACUUAAGCCAGUUACAUAUGUUCUUCAAGCUCUACAAAGCAGGUAAGAAGAAAAAAAAUAAAAAUUUUAAAAAGCUAGUGGAUCACUGGAGAUUAAAUGUAACCCUUCUAGAGAUGUUCCCACAGUGAAAAUGCAGAGAUCAGGGAUGUGUGGCCACAGUAAAGGGACUAGCAUUGUCUUUCUGGCUUCCAGCCAGGACUCUUCUCAUAAGGUAGGUACCUCAGGAGCACUUCUUAAUGAACACAACACAAGAAGCAGAAGGGCUAUCUUUACUUGCUCAACCAACCCUGCCUUGACCUCCCUUGUCCUUCACCAGCAGCCUCCACCAGAUUUGUCAUGUCCAGGGUUUUUGAUUUAUUUUUCAGGGUCACUCCUUGCCUGAAUCACGGUUUCAUUGCACCUGCAGCACUUCAUUGUCCAAUGUCCUUGGCAAAGCUCACAGUCUUUGGACAGUGUUCCAUUCUUUUUUCAAACAGGAUAUUCUCCCUCCCCUCCACAAGCUUAAUAAGGCUAAUGCAGAGUAUCCAAAUAUCCCAGACCUUGUUCCUCAGAUGGCCUCUAUUAAGUUAAUAAAACAGCUUUCUAUUGUCUGAGCCUUGAGGCCAGGCUAAUGCUCAAUUUCCAACUCAGAACCAUUUAACCCUUUCAAAGUCUCCUAGAGGGUGGCUCACCCAGGUACUGCCAUUGGCUCCUUGGCAUCAUGGGCUCAGAUGAGAAAGUACAGGCGUCUUUCUCUGAGAUGUAAGCACACCAUAUUCAGGAAGUCUGGGACACCCAAGCCACAAGGAAGGGUUAUGGCCAAAUGCAUGGCCAGGUAGGGAAUACAUGGAUUAGAACUGUUCAGCAACCUUCAGAGAAACCCUAUGUUUCUUUUUAACAGCCUGUCAUUUAACUUGUGUUCAAUCCUGUAUCCUAGGCAAAAGCUGGGAACACACCUUCAGAGGCAGAAAAAAAAAAAAAAAAAAACAA